AGGUGCUAUGGGCCAAAUGAAAACCACCAAGCAACAACCAGCAGUGUGUGUGUGUGUUUGUAAUGUGUGUGUGUAAGCACAUGCACUUUUGUGCGUGAGCCUGCUAUCAGUCGCAACCCGAGCCAGGGAGACACGUGGAAGACGACAGGAUGAAACCGAAUCUUUCACAUUUAAGCAGCAGACACACAAGAGAGAUAAAGCCAGUGAGGUGUGCAGUACAGUGACAUUUCCAUCAGCAGGAGAAUUAUUUUCAACCCCAAAUCUGGAAAAGAAAGUAACCUGCAUGCUUUGGAGGAUGGAGAACAUCAUGGAAUGUCCUGAUGUCUGAAAGCCAUCCUCAUGCUGAUGUUACUCUCGCGUUCAACACUGGACCGCUGAUCCUGUACGUCUGCACUGGGAUCUCAAAUCAGUCUCUGAGUCUCUGAGGACUGGGUUGGGAGACACGGCUCUAGGCAGUUGAUGCACGACCUUUGGAGACCUUUUCCUCUCCACUGCGUAGCUGAGCGCAUGGCUCGCUGGAUGGUCUGAGUGCCGGUGAAAAAUGGUCGGAAAUGCCUUUCUCAGCAGGAAACGGAUGUGUGUGUGUGUGUGUGAGCUGUAGGCAGUGAUGGAGAUCAGGCCAAACUGCAGCGCUCACUGUGACUCUGCGUCCUGCUUCAUCCAUCCUGCAGUCAACAAGCAGCAGAGCUGGGACAUCCUGCUGAGACUCUGCACUCUCUCUACGAGGGUGGUGGAGGUGCAGAACAAGUCUCUGUCUCCGGUUCUGUGUGCUGUAGUUUGGACGCUGCUCUCCUGUGGGAUUCUGCUGUCCUUCCUCUUCCUCAUCUUCACCAUCCGCUACAAAAACAACAGGAUUGUGAAGAUGUCGAGUCCUAACCUGAACAUGCUGACUCUGUUAGGGAGUGUGCUGGCCUACACCACUGGCUUCCUGUUUGCUAUAGAGGACAGAUCACCUGUACAGGGAGCAAGCCCAAAGGCUGUCAUGCAGGCCUGGGUCUGGACGCUGUGCAUUGGCAGCUCUUUGGUGUUUGGACCCAUCCUGGGGAAAACAUGGCGUCUCUACAGGGUGUUUACGCAGCGUGUACCUGACAGGAGAGUGAUCAUUCGUGAUAUACGGCUGAUGGGUCUGGUGGCUGUGUUGGUGCUGGUGGAUGUGCUGAUUCUCACUGUGUGGAGUCUCACUGACCCUGUGAAGUGCUCCAGAUCAGUCAGUGCUGUGGUCAAGGUGGUGGAGUUUGAUGUGCGUUACUCCUUGUCUCAGAUGGACUUCUGCUCCUCUCACUACUCCGUCCUUUGGGUUCUUCUCCUCUGUGCCCUCAAGGCCGGUCUGCUGGUGUAUGGCACGUACCUAGCUGGAUUGACCAGCAGCGUUAGCCUUCCUCCGGUCAACCAAUCCCUGACCAUCAUGACUGCUGUGUAUCUGGUCACCGCAUCCACCGCUCUGGCCGUCCCUGUCUCUCUAUACCUGCACUCGUGGCCCAACCUGGUGUACGGCAUGCUCUCGGGAACCAUCUUCAUCUGCACAACUGCCAUUAACUGCCUUAUAUUCGUGCCCCAGUUGACCCAGUGGAGGCAGUUUGAAGAGGAUGUAAACCCUCACUCCAGCCAUAUGGCCAAGUACUUCAGCAGCAAGAGUCUGCGCUCCAGCGAGAACGACAUCUACUACCUGCUCGGAGAAUACGACUCCAUGAAGAGGUUAAUCAGUGAGAAAGACGCAGUAAUAAACAGCCUCCAGGAGCAAGUGACGAACGCCAAGGACAAACUGCUGAGGCUGAUGUCUGGUCACCUGCAGGACGAAAGAGAAAUGGAUUCUUCCACCACCAACCUCAACUCUUCCUCCACCCAGACUACAGUGGUACCUCCCGAGCCUCCUGCUUCUCCGCUCCCCAUUAGAGAGUUGAGUCCUCCCGCUGCUCUGUCCCCGCCACCAUAUGUACCUCCUCCAUCAGCUCCAUCUUCACCUCCUUCAUCAUCGUUUUAUGAAACGCCUCCUUCUUCACAGCACAGAGAGUCCUCAGCCUCGUCCUGUCCUCCCGGUCCAGACGGGGCUCCUCAGAACUCCCAAAUCAGCCACUUGAAACUUGAAAAUGAAGGUUUGACAAAAGAGUCUCAGCCCAAAAGGACCUUUACGAGUACGUCUGUCAGUGUAGAAUCUUCUGCAGUCAUAAACAUGCCUUUAGAUUCACAUGUUAACCUGAUUACGCUGCAUGAUUCCACAUCCCUGGCUUGGUCUGGUCUUCCACUGGAUGCAGCAGUUUCAGUGGUAGAGUCUAUUGCGCCUUCAGGGGUGGGUCGACAGGGUUUUGUAAGCAGCGAACAGCUGGAGGAGAUUCUGCACGAUUUGAGUGUGGAUGCCAUAAGCAGCUCGCUCAAAUCUCCAGGUGGAGUGAGAAGACUGUCGAAUCCUGCGCCUAAAAUUUUCUCGUCCCGAUCGGCUCUGCAGUUGUACUUUCCCAGCAUCUCGCCGUACAUGAUGCGAAAACGCCGACCUCCGUUCCACGCCUGCAGAAAGGGUCCUCCUCCGUACUACUACCCAGGCUCGGCACCUCCUGGCUGUAGGAGGACACGUGAACCAAAACCGGCUUCCAGCACUAAUUCGACACAAAAGGAACCCCGGAAUACUGAAAGUGAUGGAAAAGAGGACGAGAAAGAGGACGAAAGCUCUAGGACGUGGUGUGACUCAAACGCCCCAUCACGAUCAGGCAGGAGGAGAUCGAGACGCACCCAUCAAGACUGUUCAUCUGUUAGACAGCCCUCAGGUCCUUUAGCAGGGCAUGAGAGGACCAGAGCUGCCGAUUCGUAUGGAUAUUCAGACUCAGAGUCCAGCAGCUCAGAGGAUUACUGCUACUACCACCGACCCUACUGUGAAGCCUGCAGGCACAGUCCGUACGCCUCCAGCGACAGCAGCAGCUCAGAGACGUCCGACAGCGAGUACACAGAGCUGGAUCGCUCCUCACAUCCUGUGGUCAACUUCAAAGAGGACCUCAAACCCACGUUUGUUUGAAUAGAGGAAGUGGAAAGAGAAUGGGGGGUUGGAAAGGAUCGGAUUUCUAUGAAACAUGGCAUUAAACACAAGCAUUUGUAUAAAUAUAUAUUUAAAAAAUAGUAACUACAGUGAAUUUUACAAAUAAAUGCACAGAUUGUAUGGCUGGAAUGCUAGAAUGCAAGUCCAGAUAAGUCUUUCAUCAGCUGCCCUGGGAAAAUGUUCCUACUAUAUAUAGUUUUAAACACUACAGUCUGUAUCUCACCCACAAGUAAACUUAUGUAAGCAAUGAAGCACUCGGAGGCAUAAGAAAAUUCUCUCUUAUUAGAAAAUAAUCCACCAUGUGGUGGUCUGAUGCGAAACAGAGGGUUCAAGUGGAUUUGUUUCCAGUAACGGCACACCCUGAAGCAUUUAUAUCUUCUUAAAACACAACAAUUUGCCAGCAUGAUUUUUUAAAACGUAUUUAUUCAUGAACGUUUAUACAUGGCUUUCUCUUUUUUCAAGUUACAUUUAGUUCUCACUUACAUUUCAGCAGCUUUUAAAGCACCUUUUUACAUCUCUCAUGAAGUUAAUAUGUAAACAAACAAAAAAAACCCCAGAAAAUGUAUUGCGUUUGACUGUUUCUAUAAGCACUGACACUGGAGACUCCUUUCCUAAAUGUCACAUUAACGUCUCCAAACAGAGGCUUCACUGCACCAAUUUGUUUCAGUAAUACGACACUGUUGAUUAUUAGCUUCGACAUUGAGGUUGAUUAUUAGCAUUGAGGGAAAAGGGGCUUGUGUUUACAUUGAAGUUUGCUCAUGUGUCAAUUCUGACACCUUCGUACGUACAGUAUGUGACAGAUCUCAACAUUUUACACACAAGUACACUACAGACCAGACAGUUACGUUGCUCUGAAUGAAACACACUGUGACUGAUGCAAGGCACAAAGUCUGAAGAGCUUCCUUGAAUUAAAACUAUCCAAAAGCAUUAAAAGCUCUUUUCAGCCAUUUUAUUGCUAUCAUUUCAUACAACAGACUCAGAUAUGCAGCUGAUAUGAAAAUAUCCUCCAUGCUUUCUACUUACUUGCUAACUGGAAUAGGCAACAUGCAUGGGCUAGCGAUCUUUCUGGGUAGAUUACUAUAAAAUCAUCCAAUAAUCCACUCUUCUAAAAGUAGACUUCUGACAAUUACCACAUACCAUGUGCUCCAAACACACCGUCCAUGCCAUGUCCUCAUCGAUGUCCAUACACUUCACCUCUUUUACAAGUUACAUUCUUCAGAUCUUCAGCUUCUAGAAAGGAGUCUUUGACUUUCUACUGCAGAUGUCUUUACAAAAUAUCUUUAAAAGGCAACUACGCAGAUGAUAAAAGCCACUUAUUUUGGUCGUGAUUGUUCAUGUUAUACAGUAUGUAAAAGUUUGUACUGUUUCAGAGGUCUGUUUGUUUCCUCGAAAUUAUGAAUGUGAGGUGAAAUUCUUUGUAGAUAAUGUGUGUUGUUAAUUAGAUACAGUUCUUUGUUUAUUAUUUAUGUAAUUUAAUAUUUUUUUGUUACCAGUGACUGCCUCAAAUGCUGUUCUGCUGUGCUGGUUUACGUUAAACUGAAUUGUUACUUUCACACUUUAAAGUGUUUUCCUUUUUUAAUUUUAUUUAAUUUUUUUUUAAUAUGUGUGCAUUCUUACUGCUUACUUCAGCUUUACGUUCUUUUUUUUUUUUUUACCAGUCCGAAAACACAGGCACCGAUUCCUGGAAUUCAUUGGGUUGCUUGUGAGAGAUGACGGAUUUGUGAUGCCAUAGUGUAUUUCAAUUUAAUAAACUAACACACAGGACGUGUGCAAAAUCCGAUACCUUCUCUGAAAAAGAGAGAGGUUAUUGCCCUGUUUGACCACAAAUCGGUAUUCCUACUACAAAAAAAAUAUUGAUAAAAAUGCUUAACCAUUAUCUGUAUGUUCAUUUGAAAGUACCCAAAAUGCUAAUUCUAUGUCUACGAUCUAAUUAUAU